CUCUGAGCUCUCCACUCUCUGCUCUCCAGCUGAAGCAGACAGACAGACUCCUUCACCCUCAUCACCACAACAAAUCAUCAUGUCCUUCAGGAAAUCCUUGUCCAUUGGUGGUGGAGCUUACCUGGGCAGCAGCAGGUCCAUGCACGGUGGUGCUGGUGGCAGUCAGGUCCGAAUCUCCACGGGUGGCUCCUCCAUGUCCAUGUACAGCGGCCGCGGUGGUGGAGGUGGUGGAGCUGGCUAUGGCUUCAGCCUUAGUGGAGGAGCAGGCAGUGGAGGAGGCGCAGGUGCGGCGUUUGGAUUUGGCGGCGGUGCCGACAGCGUGGACAUCUCUGCCAAUGAGAAGGCCACCAUGCAGAACCUGAACGACCGCCUGGCCUCUUACCUGGAGAAGGUCCGCAAGCUGGAGACGGCCAACCGCGAGCUGGAGCUGAAGAUCAGACAGUUCCUGGAGGGCAAGGCCUCCCCCACCGCUAAAGACUACAGCACCUUCUACGCCAUCAUCACAGAGCUGCAGGGAAAGAUCCAGAACGCUACCAAAGUCAACGGUGGCAUCUUCCUCUCCAUCGACAACGCCAAGCUGGCUGCAGACGACUUCAGGGCGAAGUAUGAGAACGAGCUGGCCAUGCGUCAGUCCGUGGAGGCCGACAUCGCUGGGCUGAAGAGAGUCCUGGACGAGCUGACUCUGGCCAGGUCCGACCUGGAGAUGCAGAUCGAGGGUCUGAGGGAGGAGCUGAUCUUCCUCAAGAAGAACCACGAGGAGGAGCUGAUGGCCAUGCGAUCUCAGAUGAGCGGUCAGGUGAACGUGGAGGUGGACGCCGCUCCUCAGGAGGACCUCACCAAGGUCAUGGAGGAGAUGAGAGAGCACUACGAAAAUGUCGCCGCCAAGAACCGCAGAGACCUGGAGACCUGGUUCCAGAACAAGACAGAAGCACUCAACAAAGAAGUGGCUGCUAGCACAGAGACCCUCCAGAUGUCCAAAUCAGAGAUCACAGAGAUCAGACGCAUGCUGCAGGGCCUGGAGAUCGAGCUGCAGGCGCAGCUUAGCAUGAAAGCGGGCUUGGAGGGCACCCUGGCUGACACCCAGAGCCAGUACGCCAUGCGGCUGGUGGAUUUCCAGAACCUGGUGGUCAUGCUGGAGGAGCAGCUGAUGCAGCUGAAGACCGACCUGGAGAGACAGUCCCAAGAGUACAACAUGCUGCUGGACAUCAAGACCAGACUGGAGAUGGAGAUUGCUGAGUACAGGAGGCUGCUGGACGGAGAGGGCGGCAGCAGCGUCUCCGCCUCCUCCACCUCCUCCGUCUCCACCACCACCACCAAACAGAAGAUUAUCACAGUCAUAGAGGAGAUGGUGGAUGGAAAAGUGGUGAGCUCCUCCUCCACAGAGACCGUCAGUGAGUCCACAUAAGCACCAGCAGGGGGCGCCCUCACUGCUCUCAAACAGAAAUCAACAAAAUAAAAGUCUGCUGAGGUGCUUCAAAAUAAAA